AAGCGAAAGCGCCUUCGUUCUCCACGAGGUUAGGGUUUCACGGCCGAGCUCCAACGGCGGAGAUCGAUGGGGAAGUCGUAUCCGACGGUGAGCGAGGAGUACCGCGCGGCGGUGGCGAAGUGCCGCCGCAAGCUCCGGGGCCUCAUCGCGGAGAAGAACUGCGCGCCGUUGAUGCUCCGCCUGGCGUGGCACUCGGCGGGGACGUACGAUGCUCAGACGGGGACGGGGGGCCCGUUCGGGACGAUGAGGCAUGAGGUGGAGCAGGGACACGGCGCCAAUAAUGGGCUCGAAAUAGCCGUCCGCAUACUCGAGCCCAUCAAGGCCCAGUUUCCGAACAUCUCGUAUGGGGACUUCUAUCAGCUUGCCGGAGUCGUCGCUGUAGAGAUCACCGGCGGGCCGGAGGUUCCUUUCCAUCCCGGCCGACAGGACAAGCCUGAGCCUCCCGAAGAAGGUCGGCUUCCCGAUGCCACCAAAGGUUCUGAUCACCUCCGCGAUGUUUUUGGUAAACAAAUGGGAUUGAGUGACAGGGAUAUUGUUGCUCUAUCUGGCGGGCAUACACUGGGAAGAUGUCACAAGGAACGUUCUGGUUUUGAGGGAGCCUGGACAACAAACCCCCUUAUUUUUGAUAACUCGUACUUCAAGGAGCUUCUUAGUGGAGAAAACAAAGAUCUGCUCCAACUUCCGUCUGACAAGGCCCUUCUCGCAGAUCCUGUUUUCCGUCCUUUUGUUGAAAAAUACGCUGCUGAUGAGGAUGCUUUUUUCGCCGACUACGCUGAAGCUCACAUGAAGCUUUCUGAGCUAGGGUUUGCUGAUGCUUGAGAGAUAAAGAUAACUUGGCGAAAGAGUCGUCUCAUAGGAAUUAUGUUAAGUUGCACCUCAAACUAAAGGAAAUAAAAGAUGUAAUAAAAAGAACUCGAUGAUUAUCAUCUUAAACUAUAUCUUGUCAUGUUCUGAGCAGUAAUAUUUUGUACAUGCCGUUUACACAUUGUAUUUUUCUAGCCGUGAAUAGUUGCAUUUCUUUGCAUGAUUAUAUA